AUGUCGAGACAAGGUGGAAAGCUGAAGCCUCUAAAGGCACCAAAGAAGGAACACAAGGAUGAGGAUGAAGAAGAUAAGGCCUUCAAGGAGAAGAAGAAGGCCGAUGAGGCUGCUCUGAAGGCCGCAAGGGACAAAGCCGUCAAGGGUGGUGCUCCUGGUGGCGGAAUCAAGAAAUCGGGAAAGAAAUAG